CUUUUGAUGUUUGCGUUGUGGCUUUGGUUCCGCUCCGACCUGAUCUCUUAUUGUUGCUGUUCAAUCUGUUGGUUUGACACUUCAGCAAGGGUCUACAACGGAGAAGGGUCUCGAAAGUUGCAUGAUUAUCCGAGCCCGGUAACACAAAACGCAGAUCAAGGCAAAGGACCGAAUACUCAAAGACAUUGCAUGUCGUUGCCCCGGAUUUGCAGGAUCAAAACCAAGGCAUGCGAGACCACCAAAACUUUCCCGUGGGGCCCCGACACUUUACCUGAACGAGUUCAAAUAGAGCGCUUUACUCCGCUGAUGAUCUUGGCUUCUAAGCUUCUUCUUGCUUCCCGUCUUACCUGCGCAUUUCUUUAAUCUC